AUGUCGAGGAUGCUGCGAUUGGAGCUGCUGGUCCUGGUGUUGCUGGCCUGCACCCAGAUUCUCACCGAGCACCGUGAUUUCUUCGAGUCGAGAGCACAGUACGGUUAUCAUUCGAGAUUCCACGAUCCUACGGAACGUGUAACCAGGGACGUUCGCGUGAAACAGGGUCGUUUGCGUGGUUUCGUCGUGCAACCGAGAACUAAUCACGAUCUGCAGCCUGUGGACGUAUUUCUGGGAGUGCCGUACGCGGAACCUCCAGUUGGGUCCUUAAGAUUUUCCCCUCCGAGAUCACCGGAACCAUGGCGUGGCGUGAGACAAUCGCAAGAAUUUGCACCAGUGUGCCCGCAAGUGGUACCAAAGCUACGAGACGAGGUGAAACCAGUCAGGUACGAGUACUUGGAGAGGUUGUUGCCAUAUCUGAGAAACCAGAGUGAAGAUUGUCUCUACCUGAACAUCUAUACGCCCCACCAGCCUGAAGGUCAAAAGACUGCGCGGAAGUACGCUGUGAUGGUGUUCAUCCACGGGGAAAGUUUCGAAUGGAACAGUGGCAACCCAUACGACGGCACUAUAUUGGCAGCUUAUGGUAGUGUCGUCUUCGUCACUAUCAACUUUCGCCUGGGUAUACUUGGUUUCUUGAGACCUGGGAUCAGGGACGACACGGCGAGCAAUUUCGGGCUGCUCGAUCAAAUAGCAGGGCUGUUAUGGCUGCGGGAGAACAUCGCCGAUUUCGGUGGCGAUCCGGACAGCAUUACGCUAGUCGGCCACGGUACCGGCGCCAUUUUUGCCAACCUACUGCUUAUCAGCCCUGUGGCUAAUAAGAAAGGUUUGUUCAACCGGGCUAUACUGAUGUCCGGAUCUGCUUUGAGCGCCGAUGCGAUCGGGAAGGCACCUCUGCAAAUCACCAAACAGGUGGCACACGCUCUAAACUGUCCCACGACAACCGACAGCGAUCUGGCCCUCUGUCUACGCGGCCAGGACGUGAACACGUUGCUCAACGUGAAGAUCCACAAGCCGAGCUACGUUCCAGCAUUCGCACCCCUCAUCGACAACGCGGUCAUCCCGGAUAAACCGGUGAAUCUGAUGAAGAACCCUCAGUUCUUCGGCAGGUUCGAUCUGAUGUACGGAGUCACAGAGUCAGAGAAAUUCCAGAUUCUACCCCCGGUAGCUCUGCUGCACGGUAUGGUGGACGGACAAAGAGACGAAGUGCUAAGAGAACACGCCAAGGCGACGCACGAGCUGGAACCUGAACUAAUUCUAUCGAAGAUUCUGGAACAAUACAGCGAUUUCUCCGCGGGUUUCACGAACGAGUACAUGCUGAAGAAUCGGGAUCUGGUGCUCGAGGCGCUCUCCGACAGCGGUACCGUCGCGCCAUUAAUAAUGACCGCGAAUCUCCACUCGAGGGCGAACCCCAAGAGCUACAUGUACGUCUUCUCCCAUCCUAAGGCGAUGCAGGACUACUCUGGCCAACAACGUCAGCGCACUAUGCACGGCGAGGAGUUGCCGUACGUGUUGGGUGUGCCUCUGGACGGUAGCAAAUACGAUUUGCGUCGCAGAUACAACAUCGGCGAGACACUUUUCUCAGAGGCCAUGAUGAACUGGUGGUGCAGCUUUGCCUACUCAGGGAAUCCAAACAUCGCAAAGCGAUAUCCCUACCUGACGGAUGGAUUGAAGGAGUGGGACCAGUACAAUAUCGACUGGCCCGAGUACGAUCCCCAGAAUCAGACCUAUCUGAACCUAACGAUACCUCCGAGUACGGGCACGCAGUACCGAUUUGCAGAAAUGCAAUUCUGGAACGAGCACCUGCCUAAUCUGCUUCGUCAUCCGGGCAAAGACAUUCCGCUUCCACUUCGACCAAGAGGACGACGGCCUCAAAUACUCGACAUCGCGGAUGGAAUUGGAAAAUACGCGAAUGCCAGCAGAGACUAUGACUAUGGUAUCAGAUUCAGAGGAGAUAAUCAUCAGUCGGAGACCACUGUACCUGAUAUAGGAUCUACGACACCAGACUCCACGACCUCUCGAUCCGACGAAGAAGUGAUUCCUCAGCCAAGCACACCUAAAAGUUCCUCUGUCAUCACUAUGCUGACUGGUUUCGGGGUAGUAUUUCUGCUGAUCAAUUUCACAGCGUUUGUCUAUCUGUAUUGCAAGAAGCAAGACGCCAAGACAACGGGGACAGGAUUGAAAAGACGCGUCAGUCAGAAGGAUGAAUCGAGACGAGCGAAAUCUGAGAAGUACGAGAACAACUAUGGGGAACUUGGGUACAAGAGCGACAGCAAACCGGAUUUAAACGAUGUGAUAAAGAACGACAAGGCUUACGACAAUAAUUCGAACUUUGGAAGAAGGUCGAAGCUGUCUAGACAGAAUUCUGGCUCCACCAUUGACACACACAUCAAGGUUAGAGAGUGGAUACAACAGGAGAUCGUGCACAGGUGUUCGCCUAGGUUUCUCAGGAAGACACGAGAAACCUUGCAGAAGGAGCACCAAGAUAAACUAACAAAGCAGCAGGAAGAUGAAAAGAAGAGGAUGGAAGAGGAGCUGUUGAAAGACAGGAAAGAGGAGCCUAUUUACGCCGAGAAUCCAUCACUGGUGGUGCGUCCUGGCAAGAAGUCAAAGGUCCCGAAGGUUUCCGUGGCCGUGGACGCGACACCGGCAACCAGAACCGAAUCGAUUCUAAAUCAGGUGCCUAUAGAGCUGGUAAAAAGCGUGGAGGCGAACGACUCGUUCGACAAGUGCAUCGACUACCCCAUGAUCGAUCCCAGCCAGCUGCAGACGGCUCCUCAGGUGGUCGUCAUCGAGCACCAUCACUCGAAGAGCGACCCGUUGCCCAUGGAGAACGUGCUGAAGAGCGUGAAACCGAACUUCUCCACGCCGAGGAUUUACGAGUCGGAUUCCGGGAGCACCAGCAGCCUGUACGCGAAGAUUAACCCGAAACUGAAGUCCCGUCUACCACGAGCUGAGCUUGGAAUUAAUGCUGAUGGAUCGGUGGUGGAUCAGACGGAGGAUAUUUACAUGAAGAUGGGACCAAAGCUGACCACGUUCGGCGUGAAUAGUCCGCCGACGGAUAUAAACGUAACCUGCAGAGAACCAACGAUAGAGAGGGAGUGUAUUAGCCCAGAGGAGGCGCUCAGAACGAUCAAGCGCAGGAACUACCCGAAAGUUUUGCCGGACAUCGAGAAAAGACGAUCCUUGCCCGCGCCGAGCAGCUUGUUUGCACCCAAGCAGCAUAGUAAUUCCUUGAAGGACUAUAGAUCCGGGCUGCAUUCAUCCUCGUCUACCCAUCAGCCCCCUCAACCACCUCCUAGGAUGUUUGGCCCCUCGAAGAGUUUGGAAUUCGCGGAGGAGAGCGAGAACCAGUUCGAAGCCGAACCCGUCACUACUAACCUUCAUGUUGGACCGUUGCUCAGGAAACAGGACUAUUCUACGAAGAAUAAUUCAGACCCUAGUAUCAUUGAUUCCUUGGACGAAAGGAUAGACAGGACUAGAGCUCCAGCUGGAGGCAGUGUCGACACCAUUUACUCGAAUCCCGUCUGUCCUGUUCACGAAAUUGUUCAACCGAUCUCCCAGAGUGUGGACAAGAUCAUUGGUAACCCAACAGCUCUAUUGGAUACUGGGAUAGGCAAUCCUAAUUGGUACAAAUCAUCUCCAACUGGGAACGAAGCUUACACAUUGACAGCAUCAUCGGAACCUAGGAUUAUCGGUAGAGAAAUGGACUGGCAACCUCCGUUUGGAGGCUCCAACUGGGAAAAUAGGAUCCCUGGAAUCGAACCUAGGAUCGUCAUAACACCUAGAGUAGGGAAUCUUCUUGGACAAGCCAACCAAUGUCUAAGUCAAACUGUAACGAACCUGACAGGGACUACCUCUAACGAUAAAAUGAAUCGAGAAGUUCGAUUCGGAACUACAGGCGACUCUAAUCCUUCUACCCGAUCCACAGCCUGUUCGGUAGAGCAUUUACAAUCGGAUACGUUAACUUCACCCUCUUCUCCAGACUCCAGGUUAGCAAGCAUCAGUCACGAAAGAAAGGAACCGAGAAUAAUAAUCACUCCUAGAGAUACCAAAGGCCCUUCGUCGAAUAUGAAGCAACCUAAAAUCAUCAUUAAACCUACGUCCAGUCUACAAAGGUCUAGGGAUCACAGGAACAUCCCUAAAGUAUCGGCCAUUCCUCCUCCGGAGCAGGUCUGCCCAACUAUUGAUAGAGAGAAGCCGCCUCUAAAGGAAAAGCCUAAGGUCACGAGGAUCCCUUCGUUCUCGAGGCGCAAAGAGGAGCCUUCAGGUGGAAUUGAGAGGCCCGCUUACCCUGAAAAGACUGAGAUCGUGCAAAGGGUAGAAGCGGUAGCUACUGGCAAAGGGGCGAACGUGUCCGUGACUGGAGACGGGAAGUCGAGCAUUCCGACGUUGCAGCGGAAGGAGAGCGAGAAGUGUUCCAACGCUGAUACUAGCACUGGUACGAUCAAGAAGAAACCUGUGAACAGGAAGUAG